AUGUAUAGACAAAAUACGGGAACAGAUAUGCAUUUGAUUGGACUCAAUCUUCAGUAUCUAGACUUGACAUACGAAGUUCAUCUUGCAGUUGUGCCCCAACUGAUGGCAAACAUGAAUUCACUCAUCAAAUUGGGUCUAAUUUUGGCCAUUUUGUGCACUUCUGGCGCUUAUUCUUAUGAAACAUCUGAACAUGACUUAAAUGCUAUGAUCGCCGAAAUAGAGGCCACAAUAACCAUCGAUGAAUUGGGAGAGAUGUUUUUCGAGAUGUUUGAAAACGUCGAGUUCAAUAUACACGACAGGCAGGCGUGCGAGCGCUGCAACACUACCAUCACAUACAGUCGACUUCUCAUACAAUCGCCAGAUCUGAUCAAAUCGUUGGCUCCAAUCAUGUGUAAGAAAGUUGUCGGACAAACAAUCCGUGUCUGCGAGGGAUUACUCGAGCGUAUGUCCGAACCCCUGGCCUAUCUCUUCCAACACACAAAACUCACUACACCUGAAAUAUGCGGCACUUUCUUGUCGCCUGACUGUAUCACUCUGUUUGGUCUCCCCUUCACUCAUAAUAUCAAAUGGGAGUUACCUCUGCCUAAACGCAAACCAUUCACACCAAAAGCUGUAAACGAUAAACAGCUAAAAAUGCUUCACUUGACUGACAUUCACUUAGAUUUAUGGUAUACUCCGGGCUCUAACUCUUCGUGCGGUGAAUUUGUUUGCUGUCGAUCCACAUCUCCCGGGGAUAACCAUACGGCCGGCUAUUGGUCUCAAACCAAAGACAACUGCGAUUGUCCGCAAUAUUUUGUCGACAACUCAAUCAAACAAAUCGGUGACAAUCAUAAGGACAUAGAUCUAGUGAUUUGGACGGGAGAUAAUAUACCGCACGAUGUCUGGAACACCACCAGAGAUGUCAAUCUACAGCACAUCCGAGCCAUGACUGACACGUUUAAGAAAACAUUUGGCGAUUUACCGGUGUUUCCCUGUUUGGGCAAUCAUGAGUCGCAUCCCAUUAACUUGUAUGUUCCCGAAGAACUAUCAAUUAAAACACAGGGAAAGCUGUCUAUGAAAUGGCUUUACGACACUCUCGCCGACGAUUAUUGGAAACAAUGGAUAGACACCGAAGAGGCAAAGAAGACGUUCAAAAAGGGCGGCUAUUAUUCAAAGAGAUUCAGCGAUACAUUGAAAGUGGUUGUAAUGAAUACAAAUAUGGCUCAGAAUGAAAACUAUUACAUCGCUUACGAUCCCAUCGAUCCGGACGGACAGCUCCAGUGGCUCAUCGAUGAGCUCAAUAGCGCUGAAACUGACGGCUCGUAUGUUAUGUUAUUAGGACAUAUCCCUCCCUCUGAUUUAUACGCCUCGUGGAGUCAUAACUACUUCCGGAUUAUGGAAAGGUAUCAACACUUGAUUGUGAGCUCAUAUUUCGGUCACACACACAAUGACGAGAUCGUUGUCUUGUAUAAUAAAGACUUUGAAACCAAUGGCACGUAUGCCAUAUCUCACGGCUAUAUCGGCGCCAGUCUUACCACUUAUACGCUGCUUAAUCCCGGUUACAGAAUAUUCACAAUAGAUAGUAAUGGAAGACCUUUGGAUUUUGAUGUCUUCUACACUAAUGUAACCGACGAUAACAUUAAAGGCCAACAAAAGCCUCCGAAAUGGAGUUCAGAUACGUCUGGGAAACAGAUGUAUGGAAUGGACUCUCUGUCCACCGAAUCGUGGGAUCUGUUUAUGUCAAGAGCCAAAACUGACGACAAACUCGUUAGAAGUUAUGUCAAUCAUUACCACAGAUUCAGUGAUGACUUCAUUCAAGACAUGACAACAAAAGGUCGCUAUAAUAUGACGGAUAUGAGAGACAUUUUACUAACUAGGCAAAUUCUUAAUCCUUUCCAUAAAUUAUUACCAAAUAAUUACAAAUAAAUAAAUAAAUUGAUGGCUCACAACAAGUUUAAUACCAGAUAUUAUAUAUUAAAUU